AUGUAUGAAAACAUGUCCACAAUGGUGUACUUAAAAGAAGAAAAGUUGGAGAAGCUUACCCAAGAUGAAAUUAUUGCCAAAACUAAGCAAGUGAUUAAUGGACUAGAGGCGCUGAAGAAUGAACACAAUUCAAUUUUACAGAGCUUACUUGAAACACUGAAAUGUUUGAAGAAAGAUGAUGAAACUAAUCUGGUUGAAGAAAAAUCAAACAUGAUUCGAAAGUCGCUGGAAAUGCUGGAGCUUGGCCUUAGUGAAGCACAGGUGAUGAUGGCAUUGUCAAAUCACUUAAAUGCAGUGGAAUCAGAGAAGCAGAAAUUGCGUGCUCAGGUUCGCCGGCUAUGCCAGGAAAAUCAGUGGCUACGGGAUGAACUAGCCAAUACACAACAGAAACUACAGAAAAGUGAGCAAUCUGUGGCACAACUGGAGGAGGAAAAGAAACACCUAGAAUUCAUGAAUCAGUUAAAAAAAUAUGAUGAUGAUAUUUCACCAUCAGAGGAUAAAGAUACGGAUUCCACCAAAGAGCCUUUGGAUGACUUAUUUCCCAAUGAUGAAGAUGACCAAGGACAAGGAAUUCAACAGCAGCAUAGCAGUGCAGCAGCUGCUGCACAACAAGGUGGCUAUGAAAUUCCAGCAAGAUUAAGGACCCUUCAUAAUCUUGUAAUUCAGUAUGCUUCCCAAGGUAGAUAUGAGGUUGCUGUACCUCUCUGUAAGCAAGCUCUUGAAGAUCUGGAGAAGACUUCGGGUCAUGAUCAUCCUGAUGUUGCCACUAUGUUGAACAUACUUGCUUUGGUGUACAGAGACCAGAACAAAUACAAAGAUGCAGCAAACCUCCUGAAUGAUGCCUUGGCUAUCCGCGAAAAGACCUUGGGCAAAGAUCAUCCAGCGGUGGCAGCAACUCUAAACAAUCUUGCAGUACUUUAUGGAAAACGAGGAAAGUACAAAGAAGCUGAACCACUGUGUAAGCGAGCUCUGGAAAUCAGAGAAAAGGUCCUGGGGAAGGAUCACCCUGAUGUUGCCAAACAACUCAAUAACUUGGCUCUACUAUGCCAGAACCAGGGUAAAUACGAGGAGGUUGAAUACUACUAUCAGAGGGCACUGGAAAUUUACCAAACUAAGCUAGGGCCAGAUGAUCCAAAUGUUGCAAAAACAAAGAAUAACCUGGCUUCCUGCUAUCUAAAACAGGGCAAAUUUAAGCAGGCGGAAACUUUAUACAAAGAGAUUCUUACUCGUGCUCAUGAACGGGAAUUUGGCUCUGUAGAUGAUGAAAAUAAGCCUAUUUGGAUGCAUGCAGAAGAGAGGGAAGAAUGCAAAGGAAAGCAAAAAGAUGGCACAUCGUUCGGAGAAUAUGGUGGCUGGUACAAAGCCUGCAAAGUUGACAGUCCAACAGUAACAACUACCUUAAAGAACCUUGGGGCACUUUACAGACGACAGGGCAAAUUUGAAGCUGCCGAAACAUUAGAAGAGGCAGCGAUGAGAUCUCGUAAACAGGCAAAGAUGAUAGCUUUGGAACAGAUUAAUACAGUUUGUAAUAAAAUUAAACCUUUUCCCAUUUUAUCUAAUUCUCAGGGUCUUGACAAUGUUCAUAAACAGAGAGUUGCUGAAGUGCUGAAUGACCCUGAGAGCAUAGAAAAAAGGCGAAGCCGAGAAAGCCUCAACGUUGAUGUGGUAAAGUACGAGAGUGGUCCCGACGGAGGCGAGGAAGUGAGUAUGAGCGUAGAAUGGAAUGGGGAUGGCACUGGAUCUUUAAAACGCAGUGGUUCCUUUAGCAAACUUCGUGCUUCCAUUAGACGCAGCAGUGAGAAGCUGGUUAGAAAGCUGAAGGGAGGAAGUUCACGAGACAGUGAACCAAAGAACCCAGGCAUGAAGCGUGCCAGUUCUCUGAAUGUUCUUAACAUGGGUGGCAAGGCUACUGAAGAUCAUUUUCAAGAGCGAAAUAAUUGUCUGACAGACUCGAGAGCUCUGAGUGUCAGUCAUACUGAUUUGGCGCAUUGAGAUUCUUGGACAGAAGCUAGCUAAUAUUCCUUUGUGAAUAAAGAAGCACUGAGACCUUCAAAGCUUUGGUUCCUCAUCACUAUGCAUAGGAACACCGACUUUGUAGUUUGUUUUUUUU